UAUUUCAUAAAAAUAUUCCCAUAAGUUCCCAAGAUAUUCGAGUUUAAAGUGAGUGACCUAACACCAUUUUGGGACACAGCACUCCAAAAAGUGAAAUAUUUCGAAAACUAUUGCCUGGACUCUUUUGAAUUCUAGAGUCGAAAUCCCUUAAUCCAAGCAUUUGCACAAACAAAUUAUUAAGAUAAUUAAUUUUACACUUGCUUAUCAGUAACUAAAUAAGACUAUAAACUAUAAAGGCCUAGAAACAACAUUCCAUCCAGUCAUUGGUGUCAGUGUCCGCAAGAAAAGUGCAAGAUGCGCGCGUUUACACUACUUUUAUUAAUUCAAAUCCUUUGUGGUAAAGUGACUUUUGGCGCGAAAAUCCUGUGUAUAGCCUCCCUGCCCACCUACAGCCACAAUUUGUUCUUCAGACCGAUCUGGGAGGCCUUGGCGGACAGGGGGCACCAGCUGACCGUCCUCACCGCCAACCCCAUGGGCCCCCACCCCAACAUCCAGGAAAUCGACUUGGGAUUCGCUUACGAAAAAAAAAAAAUCGUCUACACUCCAGACUUCGCGGUCACGCGGUUCAACUGGCCCUUCAUGAUUGGCCGGUACAUGGACAUGUUCAUAGAGGUCGCGGCCGCCGAGCUGGGCAGUGCGCAGGUCCAGCGGCUGCUGACCAAUCAGAGCGAACACUUCGACCUCGUGAUCGCCGAGAUGCACAUCUCGGCCAUGUUCGGGUUCGCCCAUCGGUUCAAGUGUCCGCUGAUCGGGAUUUCGUCCACGGACAUCGUCAGCUACCAGCACGCGAUUUUAGGUAACCCGACGCAUGUUGUUCAAUACCCAGAUCUGUGUAGCAACAUGGCACCGAAGAGGCUCACGUUCGAAGAGCGCACAAUCGAGCUAUACAACCGAAUCGGAACUCUCAUCCAGCAAUAUAUUCGUCAAGAGGCUUGGAACGAUGUUCUUCAGAAGUAUUUCGGUCCGGACGUGCCUCCUCUGGACGACUUAGUGCGGAGUCUCUACUUCGUCUUUCUGAACGUGGCACCCUUCGCCAAUUACCGCCCCCUGGGGCCCAAGUUCGUCGCUAUAGGGGGUCGAAGUCACUUCAGCCCCUCAAAACCCUUGGGGAAGGAGUUGCUGGAGUUGCUAGACAGUAACCCUCAAGGGGUGAUUUACUUUAGCCUGGGGACCAACAUAAAAGACUCCCAGAUCUCGCCUCACCUACUCAACGUCACUAUGGAGGCUUUUAAGGAGCUCCCUUACCAGUUCAUAUGGAAGCUCGGGCAUACGAUCCCGAACUUGCCUGAGAACGUGAGGAUUUACUCUUGGUUGCCUCAGCAAGAACUACUGAGGCACCCCCAUAUAAAGGCCUUCGUAUUCCAAGGGGGUGUUCACUCCAAAGAGGAGGCAAUCCUUGCCAGAGUUCCCAUGGUGGGCAUCCCCAUCAUUGGUGACCAAAGGAAGAACGUUGAGGAUCUUGUGGCCAGAGGGGUGGGGCUGCUAUUGGACAAGACGACCAUUAGUAAGGAGCAGCUCAAAGGAGCCAUCCAGAGGGUCAUUGAGGACCCGAGCUUCAAAGAGAACCUGAAGACAUUGUCGCAGAUGUUCCAGGACUACCCACAAUCGGGAAUCGAGAGGGCGGUGUGGCACGCGGAGUUCGCCCUGAGGAACCCCCAGGGGGCGAAACUGUUGGGGCAGCCUCAGUUGCCCUGGUACCAGUACUAUUUACUGGAUAUUUUAUGUGUUUUUGUGGUGGUUUUGGGGGUUGUGGUAGGGUUGGUGCGCUGGCUUGUUUUAGCGUUAAAAAGGGUCUUUAGAAGUAAGGUUAAGGUUAGUUAAAUAAAUUUUUAUGAAGAACCA